GUGACGUCACGGGCCCCAAGGCGUUGACCCGUCGGAGGCCCCCUCCCCCGACGCCCGGUCUCAUAUCACCGCCUGACAUCGUCGCGUCUUCAUCCUUUUUUCCUCCGGUUUUCUUUCUCUUAUUGUAAUUAGUGGUUGUUAAUUGCGGACUGUUUCCUUCUGUUCCCGGUUUUAAUCCGUCGUUUCAUCAUGUGGUUGUCGAAGCCCAAGGACGCACUGGACCUGCUUCGACCCGCGGAGGACCCCGGUCCCCAGCCCCGAAUGCAGCGCUACGGCGAGGACCCCGAGGGCGGGGGCCUCAACUGGGAGACCCUGCUCCGGCCGAGGACGGAUUCCCUCCUGGGCAGCGGGGGACUCGAGCUCAACAGCCUCAACGGGGACUAUCUCCAUCCCAGGACUCAGGAGCCGUUGACGAUCGGAGAUCUAUUGAAGAUGGCCGGCGGAGGCGGAUCGGACGGAGAGGCCCUGACCCCGUUGCGCACACCGAAGGCGGCGCCCAGGGCCACCCUUGGCAGCACGUCCUCGUCCUCGGGCUUCUCCUCGUGCAAUCAUUCCUCGCCGGACUCUAUUUGGACGCCCUCCGCCCAGAGCGUGGGUCGAUUCGGGUCAAGCACGAACGAGGUGUCACGUUCCCUGGCCCACCUCUUCGGCUCGGAUUCGCCCCACGAGGGCCAUGGCUUUCGAACGAAUUCCUUCUCCUCUGGCUCCCAUCUCAGUGACAGCGGAUCGGGGAGCCCGCCGUACCUCCGCGGGCUGGGACCGGGCGGAGGCGGCGGGGGCGGAGGCUGCCUCGGGGGCAUGAUGGGGGAGCCGGGGGGAGGGGGCGGGAGGAGCACGAGCCCGGACAGCGGGCCCGGGAGCUUCUCGGGGUCCCGCGGGUCCUCGCCCAUCAAGUCGCCCUCACGCGGGGAUGGCAUGCUGGCUGAUCUCAUGAAUUCCCUGUCGCUGAACGGGUCGGGAAGCGCCAACGCCGGGGUGGCACCCCUGGGCGCGUCGGCCAUCACGAACCACCUGCUUCCGGGGGGCCUGAGCGGGGGACAGGGGCUGGGGUCGUCCCCGACGGACCUGACGCCAUUCCAGCUGGUGUCGCUGCAGAGGGGAGGGAACUCGCCGUCGCCGCUUUUUCCCCUGGGGGGGGCGCUGCUCCAGGGAGCGGACCCGAAGUCCUUGGAGAUGGCUGCGAAGUUCCACCGUUGUGCUGCGACUGAGCUGUACAACGCGACGUUCACGUGGUCCGGGGCGCUGCCGCCGAGGCUCCACAAGAAUCCGGUGUAUUCGCCCAAGGUGUUCCUCGGCGGGGUCCCGUGGGACAUCACGGAGCAGAGCCUACUCAACGCCUUCAAGCUCUUCGGUCCCCUCAAAGUGGAAUGGCCCGGCAAGGAGAAGUCCGUCAGUCCCUUGGGUCUCGAGGCGUGGGUGGUUCCCAGCAUUCAUGUCUUGUUUUCCGGCAGUGCUCCGUCGCAGCCGAAGGGGUACGUGUACAUCCUGUUCGAAUCGGACCAGCACGUGAAGGCGUUGCUGCAGGCUUGCACCCACGACUACAGCAGCGGGGGGAAGUAUUAUUACAAGAUCUCGAGUCGGCGGCUUCGUUCCAAGGAGGUGCAGGUGAUCCCGUGGGCCAUCUCGGACUCGAACUUCGUCCGUUCCCCCUCGCCGCGGCUGGACCCGGCGAAGACGGUGUUCGUGGGGGCCCUGCACGGCAUGCUGACGGCCGAGGCCCUGGCCAUCAUCAUGAACGACCUCUUCAGUGGGGUCCUCUACGCCGGGAUCGACACGGACAAGUACAAGUACCCGAUCGGAUCCGGGCGGGUCACGUUCAACAACCACAAGAGUUACAUGCAGGCCGUCGCGGCCGCCUUCAUCGAGAUCAAGACUCCCUCCUUCACCAAGAAGGUGCAGGUGGACCCGUACUUGGAGGACUCCCUGUGCUCUGUGUGCGGGACGAUGCAGGGGCCGUACUUCUGCAGGGACAUCACGUGCUUCAAGUACUUCUGCCGCUCGUGCUGGCAGUGGCAGCACAGCCUGGAGUCGCUGCGGCACCACUUGCCGCUGAUGAAGUCCACCAGGGGAACUUCGUCUGCCUCACCUCAGAGGCCCAAGUGAACGUCAAUGGAUACCCAGUGAACCCUCCCAGAAUUUCGGACCAGUGGACCGUCGGGGAGAACCAGUGGAUCGUUUUUUUGUAUAUAUCAAAGUCAUUUAGAGAGACAAGUCUUUAUUUUAUGCUUAUAUUGGGUUGUCCUCUGCUUUUUCUUCUCGACUUUGUUUUCCUUGUCUCUCGUCGUCUUACCUGUUUCCUCUGGAUGAAACCGGGGCCUUUAGCUUAGUUCUUUAUCAUCCGUCAGAGAAGACUGUGUUUUUUUUUCUAUCUGUCCGAUUUCCAUUUUUGGUCUUUGUAAGUACCGGAAGAAAGGCCUAUUUUUUUUAAGUUCCGCAAGAUCACAGGAUCUCGUCGCAGCAAAUCAUUCAUGUCACCCAGGAUUUUCCUCUGCAGUUGCAACGUUGGCGAGAUUUUUCAACAUAGUUUUUAUGAUUUUGAGUCACUUUUUCAUCCGAAACUGCCGAAUUUCAUGUCCCAAGCCAAUCGGUUCCAUCGUGCCCCAUUUUCCUCUUAUCGUCCCUGAUUUACACUGGUGAGACUUUUUUUCCUCUGAAGAAUGCUUUUGGAAGCCUGCAUCUCCAGGGAAAGCCUUUUUAGGCUAUUUAUCCCCAGGUCCUGUGACUUGCUCUGUACAUAUAUAUUCGUGGAAUGGGCGGUGAUUUUUGGGAUGUUUUGGGUCGUGGGUGAGGGGAUUUAUUUUUCUAAGAGGCUAUGAGCAUUCAGAUAUUUUCUCAUUACGUUUUUGUUGUGUUAAUAAAAAUCUGAAUUGUU